AUGAAUUACAACGUUCAUCCAGUCUCGUAUUUGAACGCUGACAGCUAUUCCAGCAGCAGCAACAACAACAGCGGCAACAUUUCUUCGUCUAGUAGCCAUCAUCAACAACACCAGUUACAACAACAACAACAGCAGCAACAAGUACAGCAGCAGCAGCAGCAGCAACCACAGUUGCAACAGCAACAAGUGUACCCAUCCCAACAGUCUCAAGGUUUGAACCCCCACAGAGCUAUUCUCAAUAAAAAAUCGCCCUCGGCCGACUUGGAGUUGGAUAAUGUCACCUCCCCUUCGUCGAUAACUUCGUCACACUCGCCACGCACAAAUAAUGUAAGUGGAAGUCCCCACUCGUCAUUUACUUCCCACUCGUUGGCAAACUCGCCCAUUGAAGAAGCCAAGGCGAAACCGAGUUUGUUAUCUCCGCAAAAUGCCACUAUUGUUGGCAAUUUCCCUCCCACGCAGCACUCUGCGCCAUCAACGAGCACCUUGACUGGUGCUCAACCACCACAACAACAGCAGCAACAGCAGCAGCAGCAGGGUGUCAUUGGGAAUUUGACCCCGGUCUCAGCUCCAAUUGUACAUCAUCAUCAACAAUCAAAUUUCCAACAACAGCAACAACAGCCAGCUCAGUUGCAUCCAAACUUAAACAACGCCUAUAAUAGUCACCCAUACUAUCAUAGUCAACAGCAGCAGCAGCAGCAACAACAACAGCCACAAACGCAACCUCAGAGGCAAUUAUUCCAACAACCAGUUCAAUUGCAACAACAGCAACAACCACAUAUCCACUUACAUUCUCAACCUAGCCUCUAUCAUGAUGUUUCGAAUGACCAUAAUUUCCAACAAUCUUUAAUCAAUAACCAUAUGCCUCAAAUGAAUGAAGGCAAGCAAAAUCCAUUGUUCAACACUUAUGCUCAAAAACCACCAAAAAAGACUUACAAAAAGAUUAGAGAAGAGGAUCUCCGUGGUCCGUUUAAAUGUCUAUGGGGCGAGUGCAACAUUAUCUUUGACACGCCGGAAUUGUUGUAUGACCAUUUGUGUGAUGAUCAUGUAGGAAGAAAAUCCUCCAACAAUUUGAGCUUGACCUGCUAUUGGGAGAAGUGUGGAACCACUACGGUAAAGAGAGACCACAUUACUUCUCACUUGAGGGUUCAUGUUCCUUUAAAACCGUUCCAUUGUGACUUGUGUCCCAAAUCUUUCAAGAGACCCCAAGAUUUGAAAAAACACUCCAAGAUUCAUGCUGAAGAUCACCCAAAGAAGUUGAAAAAGGCUCAACGGUUGUUGUUGAAACAACAACAAAAGGAGGCUAAACAACGGCAAAAAUUGGGUAAAUUGGUUGGCAAUGAUGAUAUUGCUUACUAUCCAAUGGCCAAUGAUGACGACUAUAGCAGAAAGAGAAGAUAUGACAACCAACAGCACAACAUGUACGUUGUCAAUAGUAUAUUGAAUGACUUUAACUUUCAGCAAAUGCCAACCAGCCAAGGAUAUACUCAUCAACCUCAACAAGUCCAAGCUCAACUCCAACCUCAACCAGAUCAAUCAAAGAGAAUGAAGCCUAAUGCUGAUUACAACAUGGACAUGUUUAACAAGUUGAAUCAUUUAGAUGAGCAGUAUCAUACUUCUCACCAUCAAGCAGCACAGUUGCAAGCCCCUGUGGUUGCUACUCAACCACAACAACAACCACAACAACCACAACAACCACAACAACCACAGCACCAAUACCAUCCAACUUAUACAAACAACAACAAUACUGGAAAUGGCAAUAUCUACGAAGCAGAGAAAUUUUUCAACACGUUGUCAAAUUCAAUCGACAUUCAAUACCAAAACUUGUCUUCGCAGUAUCAGCACCAGCACCAGCACCAACACCAACACCAGCACCAGCACCAACACCAACACCAACAUCAACAUCAACAUCAUCCUCACCCUCAUCACCACCACCCGCAACACCAGCAAUCGCAACCACAGCAACAACCCCACGCUUUAUCCUCAAGUCUAUACCCAUUGUUGCCAACAUUGUCCAACAGCUCCAACUCACAUCUUGCUAAAGAUUCUGUUUCUAUGGCUGCAGGUGUUGGUUCAACUCACAAUUUGUCGUCGUCGACGUCGUCGUACUUGCACUCGGCACAUCCGCAAAUCAAUAGACCAAUGGGUUACGGCAUGUCAUCGUCAGCAUCAUCGUCAUCGUAUGGACAACACGCCGGUAGUAUGGAGUUUAAUGGUGUUUCUGUUCACCAAAAAUCUGGUCAAAAACUUGAAAAGGAAAAUGAGCCGGAAGCUGAUGACGAUGACACUGUCAAUGUUGAUUAUGAUGUAGAGGACAGAGAAGAUGAAGGUUCAGAAUUUGGUUCAUCAUCUGAAGACGAUGAAGAUGGGCUUGACUCGUUGUUUGACAAGUUGGACUUGAGCGGUGAAGAUGAUGAGGAGGAAGACGAUGAAGAUGAUGAGGAGGAGGUGGAAGAGGAUGCGUUUAUUGUUGAUGGAUUCAAUCUUAAAGACGUGGCAAGACACAGACACUUGAUCCACCAAGUAGUGGAAAAAAUCAGACAACAAAUUAGGGUGCAAGAAGCAAGAGGGGAAGAAGAAGAAGAAGCGGCAGAGGACAAGGAAGUUGACAGCCAAAGUAGGACCAACUUGUACCCCGAAAUCAUUGCUUUCUAA